CAAAUGCCUGUGCCGGUGUGGUUCCCUAUUUACCUGAUGAGAGGGGCCAGAUAAGCUACACUUGGUAUUUUAAAUGUAUUGUGGACUGUGGAAACCAGGAGGACUUCACUGAAUCAUUGAAGCUGAGCAAUAGUAAAGUCCAUGUGGCCACAGAUUGGACAAUGAUAACACUGAACAGAAUGAGCCUCUUUAUAAAAACUCCUCAGUUAAAGUCAACUUGGUAAUGAACUACAAAGACAGAAAUGACAGAUUUGUGGACUUCUUGUCAGACUGUCUGGAUCGGAUAUCUUCUAUGCGUUUUCUAGAUGGAUUCAAUGAAAGAACCUUUUGGGCCAUGUAUCAUUUAUUUCAGAAUUAUAAAGAAGUGAAAGGACACGACAGCCUUCCACACAUCAUUUCUUUAUUUUCACCUUUUCCAAAUGAUGUACCCUUGACAGACAUUGAGAGGAUUUAUGAAAGUGAUUUCAGUUUUCUGAGACAAUAUCACCAGUACAAAACCAGAGUUUCACAACACAAGGAGGCUUUACAACAACUUCGGCAAUUCAUAUUCAGAAGUAUUUUGGAGGCUGCAAGAGAGAAUCGGAUAAGCUACACUUGGUAUUAUAAAUGUAUUGUGGACUGUGGAAACCAGGAGGACUUCAAUGAAGCAUUGAGGCUCACAUGUAGUAUAGUUAACGUCAACCCAAACUGGACAAAGGAGACACUGAAUAGAAUGAAAAAAUUUAUAAAAUGCUCCUCAAGUAAAGUUGAUAUCUUCCCGGACUACAGUGACAGGAAUAAAACAUUUCUUCUCUUCUUGUUACGAUGCCUGGAUUGGAUAUCUUCUAUACGUAAAUAA